AUGGGCAAGAGCAAGAGCAAAGGCAAACGUAAGAGUAAUGGCAAAGGCAAAGGCAAAGGCAAAGGCAAAGGCAAAGGCAAAGGCAAAGGCAAAGGCAAAGGCAAAGGCAAAGGCAAAGGCAAAGGCAAAGGCAAAGGCAAAGGCAAAGGCAAAGGCAAAGGCAAAGGCAAAGGCAAAAGCAAAGGCAAAGGCAAAGGCAAAGGCAAAGGCAAAGGCAAAGGCAAAGGCAAAGGCAAAGGCAAAGGCAAAGGCAAAGGCAAAGGCAAAGGCAAAGGCAAAGGCAAAGGCAAAGGCAAAGGCAAAGGCAAAGGCAAAGGCAAAGGCAAAGGCAAAGGCAAAGGCAAAGGCAAAGGCAAAGGCAAAGGCAAAGGCAAAGGCAAAGGCAAAGGCAAAGGCAAAGGCAAAGGCAAAGGCAAAGGCAAAGGCAAAGGCAAAGGCAAAGGCAAAGGCAAAGGCAAAGGCAAAGGCAAAGGCAAAGGCAAAGGCAAAGGCUAG